UUAAGAAAUGGCUCAUCCUGUGACUGUUCAGCCUGCACCGAUGAUUCCCACAGCAUUUUCUAUCCCUCGCCCUGGAACUUGGAGUACUGAACUAUGUGACUGUUGCUCGGACGUUGGAAUCUGCGUUUGUGGAACCUUCAUCCCCUGUAUCCUGGCAUGCAAAGUGGCACAGGACUAUGGUGAGUGCUGUUGUCUGCCGUGUCUGCCAGGGACAAUCCUUGCCAUUCGGACUGGUCUGAGAGAAAGAAGGAAAAUCCCGGGUAAUGUGUGUGGAGACUGGCUGAUUAUGACAUGCUGUUCCUGCUGUGCCUUGUGUCAACUGGCUCGUGAGCUGAAGGUCCAGUAUUCAGUCUGAUAAAAGCUAAAGAAACUGGCAAUGUUCUGUCUAUUCGCCAGAUGACCUGCCAGGAUACAGAACCACAUCAUGGUUGUACACUAAAGAAGGGAUCAACUUUUUGUCUGGAAGACAAAGAAAAGCUCAAUAAUUUGCUCCCCUUCCCUAUCUACAGUAUAUUUCUCAUACGUCUAACAUGCAUGCCUAAAUGUACUCUGCAAACAAAGAGGAAACUUUUCUUGUGGAU